CAAUGAAUACAUUGAUCUUUUAUGUUUCUUUAUGUGUCGGUAGAAACGUUUCCUUGUUUUUUUUUUUUUUUUGUUCUCCAAACAUUCUCUGAACAAACCACCAGGUUAUCAAUGUAGCGGUGACGAAUUUGUCUGUGACAAUGGACAAUGUGUUGCAUCAUCAUUGCGAUGUGAUGGAGACAUGGCGUGCCUGGAUAACUCAGACGAACAGAAUUGCGCAUGCUUGUCCGAUGAGUUCAAUUGCGGCAGCGGAGCUUGUGUUGACGUAACAAAGUUAUGUGACGGCGUUAAGGAUUGUCCGGAAGGUUCCGACGAAACAAAUUGUGAGAAGCCAUGUUCGGAGUUUCAAUGUGCUGAUGGAACGUGCAUCCCAUGGUCCUCCACCUGCAGAGUGGGUGACAACUGGUGUCCAGAUCACACGCACUUUCCAACAGUUUGUGGCCCGGCAAAUUGUCCCUUGAACAACCUGGCCUGCGAACUGGAAAGCAAUAGCAACUCACAGUGCAAUUCGUUUAGAGGUUACUGCCACUUUGAAAAUGGCUUGUGUGGUCUGACAAGUGAAAACAGUACAGAAUUUCAGUGGAGCACUGGCUUAGGGAAAACCCCAUCUGAACUCACCGGUCCCGCUUUUGAUCACACCACGUUUACAGACAAAGGUGCAUUUGUUUUCAUCGAAGCUUCUCAGCGUUUUCCUGGAGACCGAGCUCGACUCGUCAGUGAUUGGUUGGCACCAGACAAGCCCGCGUGCCUGCAAUUCUGGUACCAUAUGUAUGGAAGAAAUAUCGGAGAGUUAAACGUCAUUCUCAAGACAAACAAGACGGAAAGACUCGUUUGGCGUCAGGAAGGAAAAGAUCACGGAGAUAAGUGGAUCUUUGCAGAAACGCCCAUUCAGGAUGACAGACCGUACAAAUUUGUGAUCGAGGCUCAGGUUGGCAAUGGCCUUGAAGGUGAUAUUGCAAUAGAUGACCUCGCUGUUUUAGAUGACAAUUGUAGCUUGAUAUCAAGCCAAGAGAGUCCUGACUGUGACUUUAGUGAAAAUAUGUGCGGCUGGAGUGGAGAUCCCGAUUGGAAGAUUCACAAAGACAAAUACCUGUACCUUAAUGGCGGUGGAGAACGGACCAGGGAAUUUAUAAGUCCACUCAUUCUUGGCACAGAGGUUAAAUGCAUUCGUUUCUGGUUUAAAAGCGAAGGAAAGUACUUCACCAGGUCUCUGCAGUUAGUCAUUGACAGCUCUGAUUCCAAUUCUUCUUGGUCGAUUUGGUCUACCGACGAGCAAACUCCAAACUGGACUUUUAUUCAGAUUCCAUUGCAAAAUAUUGCUCACCAGUUUCAGGUCGUUUUCUUGGGAUUAAAGCAACAAAGACAGCCGACUAUACAAAUAGAUAACAUUACCUUUCUUAACGAAACCUGUAAUAAAACUGCACCUUCUGUGAACUGCUAUAAUUAUUUAGUCCUGAACACAGCUGAUCGAAGUACGAAUUACUCCGCAACAGCAGACAAGUGUGAUGAUACGCUUGACUUCAACCGCUGGUACAGGAUUGCUGGCACGGCUGGUACUCAGAUCCCCGAGAAGGAGGUUCCGUAUCGACAUUGUGGAGCAAGAUAUCCCGGAUGGAUGGAUGGAGUUCACCCUUCGGUCGAAGACGGAGUGGUGACACGUGACGUUUGUUUCGUCCUGGGAGAAACUCGGUGUCGCUGGCCGUCAAAAAUAAAAGUUCAAAACUGCGGCGGGUUUUUCGUGUACAAACUGACCGCUCCCAACUAUUGUAAUCAGCGUUAUUGUGGAUAUCAUGGAAAAGGAGGAAAGAACCAUGAGCAAAUCGAAGAAUGGAGGGGAUGGGAAAACGAAAACCAAGGAUCCACUUGGAAGCUCACAGGAGCGAACGAGCUGCAACAACUUAACGACGACAUCAACUACAUUGGAAAUAAUAACACUUAUACUAAAGGGCAACAAGAAAACUUUGAUGUGCACCUUCGAGGAGAAGAAAUGAUAAAAACGGAAAUCAAAUCCGAAGCGUCGUUAACCGCGAUGACGUUUUGCUUAUGGGUAGCAAGCAAAUGUAGUCUGCUCGUGGAAUACAAUGUCACUAUAGAUAAAUAUCAGUUUCGCGGCUUUGGCUUAGUCAGCCACAGCACAGUCGAGUUAAUCUUCAUGGAGACCAAGAUACGGUUAGUUCAUUACAAUGCAGGGAAAUUUUUUUUCUGAAUUAGGACCAA